CUGCCCUGACAAACCUACACUACCUCUUCCGCACGCCCCCUUGCCGCACAUCCCGCACGUCCCGCGCGCCCCGCAACUCCCGCAACUCUAUUUCCCUUAUCUUCUUCUAGCGCGAGUUUUUUUUUUUUUUUUCGAGGAGUCACAAGCGAGGCGCGCACACGCCGGACCGCGAAAUUACGAGCCAUGCGAGGGUCGGGAGUGGCGGCGGUGGCACCGGCGAACGCAUACCGGUUCUGCGGCAUGUGCGGCACGCUGCUGGACAUGCCGACCGUCGGCUCCCUCGCGCAGUGCCCGCUCUGCGCCACGCAGCAGAACCUCAGAGAUUGGCCGUCGCUUGGCGUUACGACAACCAGUGGCCCACAGGACCUAAUGCGGCGAUACGGCGUGGACCCCAUCGUGCCGCUGGACUCCGACAUGCGCGGCGAGGCGGGCAAGGAGAGCAUCAAGGAGCGCGCCAAGGUGAACGAGACGUGCCCCAAGUGCGGCAACAAGGAGAUGGAGUACUACACAAUGCAGUUGCGGUCUGCGGACGAAGGGCAAACAGUUUUCUAUGAGUGCACCAAGUGCAAAUACAAAUACAGCCUCAACUCAUAAUGCCAACUCCGAAGCAUCCUCCUUGCUGCUCAGCAGACCUCAAUGUGUUGUAGAGCCUUCUGACAUAGAGAUGUAAUCUCAUCUUGUAAUAAAUCGUUACUGCAGAG